AAGAAGAAGAGGAAGACGGCAACCAAAACAUUGUGAGGGAGGCAAAAGGAGAGGGAGGAGCCUUACCGAGAGAGGGGGUGCAAAUUGCCGUGUAUCUCCUUAAUUCCCCGUCAUUAUUCCCCAUUUAAAGGCCAGGGGUGAGGGGGGGGCACCAUGCUACCCUCCAGCGGCUACUUCAGGGGCAUCGCGUGUCCUGCCCACUCGCGCGGCGCCUGUAGACGACCUUACUGCCACUUCCGCCACGACGUGAAAGAAAGAAUUGUCUCCUCCUCCUCUUCCUCCUCUUCAACCUCUUCACAAGUUGUCACACCCUCAGCAGCCCCAGAGGAAACUAAUGCUGAUGAAGGGAAGAAGCAGCAGCCUCUUGAAGACACGGACAUGCGUAGAGACUUUCUCGAGUUAAACAGGGCUGCCCUUGGCUUGGCCCCCACAGCCUCACCAGUGAAGCAGGGACAGGAGCCACAGCAAGAACAGCAACCCCAACAGCAGGAACAGCAACCACAACAGCAAGAACAGCAGCAGCCCGAACCACACACAAGUCAACCUGUGAUGGCAACCGAAACCGUUCCAAAAUCUGAACUCCUGCAGCAGCUGAUGAGUGAAGCGUUGAAGAAGGUGCUCGCGGAGAACCCAACCCUCGCCUCAACGGUCGACGCCUCAGCCAUCCGCAUCGGCAUCGACCCCAUAACUCAUGAAUCGCCGGAGGGAAGCAAGACCAAGAAGCUUUACCCUCGGCCGCCAGACACGCCAAGCUACAACCCCACGCCCAUAAGAGAGCUGAAAAAGAGAAAGAAGUCCGUGGAUGGUGAGAGCAGCCUUGCGUAUAACCCAACGACACUUAGCAGCCUGAGGGAAGCCAAAGGGAAUGGGGAGGAGGAGGACGGUGCUGUGAUGGGUGAAUUCUCCUCCUCCGACAGUGAAGAAGUGGAGGAAAAACACGAUGACUUUGACCUAUUGGAGGAGGUUCUUGCCGAGCACUCCAUGAACAAUAAGGUGAAAGUUAAGAAAAAGAGGGUGAAGGAACUUGGGAAACUCCAGUACAGCUUAAGCAACACAGACAAGAAGACAGUGGAUAAUAACGUCUUGAUCGCUGAUGCCAAGAAGCUGACGGACAAGGAGGUGAAGAGGUAUGAGGUGUCUCAGCCGGAGAGUGUGAACAAGGUCAUAACAGACGGCCCUUACUUCCUCCCCCCGUCGCCUAUAUUCACCUCCUCCAGCGAUGGAUUUGAGGCUUUUAACUCGAGAGCAUCAUACCAGGAGGAGGAAGAGGAGAAGGAAAAGGAGGAGAAGGAGAGCGUACCGGAUAAGCCUGCCCCUCAAACUGAGCCCACAAAAACAAACAGCGAGGCAACGGUUGAUAAAAACACAACACCUAAACAAAGCCAAGAGCCCAGUAAGCCAAGUUCUCAGCCCCCCAGCGAGAAGAAGGCACCCAAGGCGACAGGACACACCCAUCUCCCUAAGUUACUGCCGACGCUUGAUGCCCCAAAACUUGCCAGGCCUAAUGUACGGAACUGGAUCCCUCUGGUGAGAAACUCCAUCCCAGCACCUGAUGUCACGAAGAGCAAUGAUCACCUGGAUGAGAUACUAAACAUGAUGGAUGGGGACAACACCUCGAACAAGAGAAAGUCGAAGGAAAGUGAAAAUCAGACAAGCCAGAAGGACUCGGAAAUCGUAAGACCGAGAAAGAAAUAUAAAGUGGAUCUGAACAAGGAGAUCGAGAGCCUGACCAACCCAGCCGUGGACCAGGUGAAGGAAGCAGUGACGCCGGAAAAGGAUGCAACCAACCACCAAACGGAGUCAACCAAUAGUGUGGACGGGGACGAGAAACAGAGCACGAAGGAGAAAGACGAGGGUGAGGAGACGCAACCAGAACCAAAGGAGAAAGAAGCCACCAAGAAGACAUCCACGAAAGACUCAGAGGACAAGGAGAAGGGAAGCGAGAGUGAGGCAGCGUCAGAAUCCGAGAACAGCGACGAGGACUCCCACACCGAGGAGAGCGAGGAGGACUCCAAACACCGACGAGCGAGACACAAGAAGAAGAGGAAGAGGAGUCGUUCCAGCUCCUCCGAUGUGGACUACUCGCGCCACAGGAGGAAGAAGCGCAAGAGGAGCCACAAACGUCACCGCAAGAGGAGCAAGAGGUCAAGGAAGAGGCGGGACAGCACCUCGAGCCUCAGCGACCAAAGCAAGGAUUCAGAGGAGGAGAAGGACGAAGAGGAGGAGGAGGAGGAGGAGGAGGAGGAUGAAGUAGACAAGGAUGAUAGUGAAGAGGAAGAGGAGGAUGACGAUGACAAGAAAGACGAGGAAAAGAAAGACGAGAGCAAGGAAGGCAGCAACAGCGAUGAUAAAGAUAGCAAUGAUGAGGUCGACCACAAAAAAUUAAAGAGACACAGAAGAAAACUAAAACACUACAGGAAGUCAAAACACAAGAAGAGCAGACGCAAGGCCAAGCGGAAGAGGAGGAAGAGCUACAGCAGGAGCAGGAGUUCGAGUGGCAGCAGGGACUCCAGCAGAAGCAGAAGCAGGAGCAGAAGUUCAAGCAAGCAUAGGAAGAAGAAAGGCAGAAGCAGACAUAGGAGCAGAAACGUCAGCGAUAGUGAGGAGAGGGACUCGGAUCAGGACAGGAGCAGAAGUAGCAGUAGAAGUUCGAGCAGAAACAGCAGUAGGGUUCGGAAAGGUGGAGAAAGCAAGGAAAAGGACUCGAGUUCAAAGCAUAAGGAACAAAGUAAAUCCAAAGACGAGAAACUGGAGGAGGGAAAGAAAGGUGGUAGAGAGGAGAGAAAGAGCAGGGAUAGAAGUGCGAGCAAAUCACGACAGCAUUCUACCGAGGACUCCACCAAGAACCACAGCCAGGAAGAUGUCUCAAUACCUAUGCCUGUGGACCCCUCAAAGAUCAAAGUGGAAAAGAAUGCCUCAAAUACCACCUUGAUCCCUGACCUGUCCAAGGUGAAGGUGGAGAAGGAGGAGGAAUCCGCAUCGGAGAAAUCGAAUACUCACGGCAACGCUUCUGUACAUAAAAGUAGUGAUAAGUCUCAUGAGGAUAGGAGUAAAGUGUCGGAGAAGAUACACGAGAGGCGGCGAUCAAGCGCUGAGGAAAAACGCCGUAGGAGGUCGAGUCACGAGAGGAAGGACAGCACGGAGAGUACAUCAGACAAGGGAGCUCAGAGACGGCAGAGUUCCGAGUCCAAGACCAGCGACGUCGAGGCCUCACAGCAGCGAAAGAAAACGGAGGAACGGAGGCAGAGUAUCGACAAACCCAAAGCGACCCCACAGAUCAGCUCAGAGCCGUCCGAAAUGUCCAUGUUUGACCUCGUUCUGGCCAGCACCAAGAAACCAAAGCCGAAGACUCUGAUGGAGAUCUCCCUAUUUGAUGCUGCAGCCAACGCGAGUACGAGCGACGGGGAGGAGCUGUCAAAUGGCAAGGGUGUGCAGGUUGAUCCCAAGAAGAAGAAAAAGGACUCCACCCACAAAUCAAGCGUCGACAGCAGUGGCAAAAGCUCACAUAACUCCGAGCACAAGUCAAGUAGCAGGACGCACAAAAGCUCAAGAUCAGAAAAGGCUCCAGAUUCUCACCACAAACCUGAAAAGAGUGAGAGCAAGUCAUCACAUUCCUCGUCCAAGAGCAAGAGCAGCAGUAGCCACCACAGCACCAGCACCUCCACCCCCAAGAAGUCAAGCAGCACCAGUAGUAGUAGAGAGAGCACCAGCAAGCACCACAGCACCUCCUCCUCCUCCUCCUCGUCCAAGCACACUGACACCACCACCACCACCAGCAAGAACAAGAAAGUCAGUGAUCCAAGCAGGAGCGAAAAGGACACCAGUCGACACUCCAGCACGUCAAGCAGGAAGCAUAGCAGCAGUAGCAGUAGUAACACUAAGCACCAGGACACCAGUAACAGCAGGAGGAGAAGCAGUAGCAGCAGUAGCAGUAAGCACAAGGAAGAUAAGAGUGUUGUGUCUGCGCUGGUGAAGACUGGUGCGGGAAGGGAGGCAGCCAAGAAGAGGAAGGUGUUAGCGGAGGAUGACUCAGAUGAUGGAGUUUCUGCCGAUGAUCACUUCUCUAAUCAGGUCGCUGCACCAUUUAACAUGUCGCGCCUUACACUGGCAGGCGACUCUCCGCUGCCAGACCUCUCAGUGCUGGACGAGAUCCCGCAGGACGACUGGGAGCAGAUGCUGAGCUCGGAAACCAUCAACGCCGCCCGGGAGACUCUUGACUCGGACAGUGAUGAGGUGGAUCACAAUGAUGCCGGCAUCAUGGAGGAGUGCAUGAAAAUGUUUAAUGAGUUCCAGCCCGGCACCAACCCCCUAGAAAACCAGGUCCUCCCCAAGAAGAUCAAAGCCCCAACAGAGGAGAGCAAGGAGCCCACCUCAGCCCUUAGCAAGCAGAGAAAGGCGCGGUCAUCCUCCACUGGGAACCUCAUCCUCAAGAAGCCCUCAGGUUCACGCCACCAAAGAAACAAUCCCAUGCAGAAAAUGGUGGAGAGGUACCAGAAGUUGAAGGAGGAGCUCAAGUUGAAGGAACAGCAGAUCAACCACCUUCAAGGAGCGUCGUCGGCUGUCUCCUCCAGUUCCACCAGCAGGACCAGCAUAGCGGCAGCCUCCUCCUCCACCCACCACGGCCCCGCAUCCCACUCCUCCUCGGGAAAAAUCAAGAAACGCAUUGCUCACGUGGCCAAUGUCAGCUCCCUCCUCAUGGCCCAAGGGAAGAUCCGGAACCACACCUCCUCCAGCGCCAGGAACAAGAUCUCCCCCAAGGUAGCCAGUGCGUCCGGGGUCAUUCCAGAGACCACGGCGCACACGGUGGCCAAGGGCGGCAAGAGGGUCGCCCACUUGCCCAAAACGGGCACGUUAGCUCGGCCAAUCAUCCAGCCUGAGCAUGGGAGUCUGGUCCCUCAAAACAUCCGCCAGCGCUACCUCAACGCCCUGAUAGAAGAGUGCAAGAAAUUCUGCUCCGAGAGGGAAGCCUUCAACAUUGCGGCGGCGGAGGAGCGAGUGUGUUACCAGCGAACGCCAUCCCGCAUGGUGUACCUCAACCUAGUGGUGAAUGCCGUCAAGAGGCUCAGGACGCAGAAGCAGGCAGGGGAGGGGGCCCAGGAGCUACUUGACCAGGACCCCCAGUUGGCAGAGAAGAUGUGUAUAGAAGAACCAUCGUCAUCGUCCAGCAAGCCCCAAUCCUCGCCUUCACCCUCGUCAUCCCCAUCAUCCACCCGGCCCCACCCCAUCAACCCCAACCACGUGCGGCUGUCCCACUCCACUGUGCUGUCCUCAGGGGGCUGCAGAGGCUCCUGGAGCAUUGAGAAGUCUAAAAAGAGUGCCAGCAGCCUCGAUGCAGCUCUGAAAGGUGAAACCUUCUACAAGCACCUGCUGAAGUAUGUGCUGACGGAGGAACAGCUGGGGGAGAACGGGUACCCUGGUCCUGACCCCGAGGAGAAGGGGAAAGCUAUUGUCCAGAAGAUUGACACUCGCAAGAAGAUCAGCCCAAGUGCCUUAGAACGCUACUGUGACCGCUGCUCUGUGCUCUACAGUGUAGACAAGUGGGGGUUUCCCAAGAGCAGCGCACCUUGCGUGUUCCACUGGGGGCGGGCGUACAAGAAAAGGAAGUAUGGCCUCUUUGAGACCUCUUACUCCUGCUGUGGGGGCGAGCAAGGGUCAGAGGGCUGCAGUCAGGCCACCACACACGUGUCCCAGAACUACAACCCCAAGAACCUGCGCGGCUAUGUCAGGACGAUCAGCAAGGACAUGUCCAGCAGCAACAAGGAACUGUAUGCCUUGGACUGUGAGAUGUGCUACACCACCGAGGGCAACGAACUCACGCGGGUCACUGUCAUUGCCUGGGACGGCAACGUUGUGUACGAACAGUUGGUGAAGCCUGACAACCCCAUCCUCGACUACAACACCAGGUUUUCAGGGAUAACAGAGAGUGACAUGGAGGAGGUGACGCUUACCAUUCGGGACGUUCAGGCCGCCCUGUUGGCACGAUUCUCCGACAAGACCAUCCUUAUUGGGCACAGCUUGGAGUCUGAUCUCCAUGCACUCAAGCUGAUCCACAACACAGUCGUGGACACGAGUGUGGUGUUCCCACACAAGAUGGGAGCCCCUUAUAAGCGUGCCCUGAAAAAUCUAGCAGCAGAGUACCUCAAGAGAAUUAUUCAAGAUGAUGUUUCGGGUCAUGACAGUGCGGAGGACGCUAUUGCUUGUUUGCACUUGAUGCAGUGGAAGGUAAAGGAAGACUUGAAGGGCUUCUCCAAGUAAUUAUACAUUAGAGGUGAGUAUUCUUGAGGCAGUUUGAGGAAAUAUUUCUCCUUAGUACAAGAUUGCCUGUAUAUUAGGAGCUGACUUUCUUUCUUUUCAGUGGGGCCACUUAGUGAAAUUGGAUGUAAAUAUGAGAGCUUCAUGGACUGUGGCUUGUUUCCUUCCCUCAAGUGGAAAGGUUGUUAUGUUGAGUGUCACAUGAGAGCAAGUUUAUCUGUUACGUACCUGGAUAUUCAGCUUCAUCUGCAGCAGGGCUUUGUAACAUAGCAAGUAUUGUAAAUAACAGUGUUGUUCUGCCCUCAAUGGUCACUGGGCCAAGAUAGAGAACUUUAUUUUUCUUUGGUUUAAAGAAUCAUAGGAGACAAUUACAUGUUGAUUUUAAGAUCAAAGUAAUCGUAACUUUUUAUAUAAAAAAUGUUAUAAGCUAUAUAUUACUUUAAACAUAACUUACAAAUAUAAACUUAUAAGAGUUUCGGCAACAAUGGCAUAACCAUUUUGUGAUCAGCAUGCCAUAGGUUAGAGAACUGUUAUGUGUGUUGUUAGUGAAGGGCAUUUGUUAUUUGUAAAGUGAAGCACAAAAUAGGUAAGGGUACUCUUGGCAGCUGUAUAAUUUAUUCAUGGCAGUAAGUAAGGGUUCAUGGUACAAAUGGACUUCAUGUAUUUAUAUGAUUCAUAUCAGUCUUCAUUUUCAUGGUUCACCUUAACAGUGUGGUCAUUCUAGUCAGGCACUAAUUUAAGCAAUAAUACACUAGAAAUCUACUGUGUCAUUUUGAUCAUUGCUCAGCACACACCUCAGCAGGUUUAGCCAGAUCACGAGGAGACUAGUAAUUUCUUUUAAGAAUCUGAAAAGUAGGCUUUUUUUUUUAUUAUUUAGUGUAGCAUCUCGGCACCAAGAGAAGUGUACAGCAUUGAGGUGAUGUCUGGCGGGCAGUGCUGAAGGCUUGCCCACCCCCAGGGAGUUAUUCUCAUUUAUUGCCUUGGUUCAGUUACCUCUGAAUAGUGUGUCUCCGCAAGACUUUACAGAAAGAAAAACUGCAGUGUGUAUUAGAUGAUGUCUAAGUCCUCUUGGGAAAUAGUCAAAUGUUUGGAAAAUUAUACAAGAAGUGAUUUUAACAACACCAUAUAUUUCUUACCACUGUACAUAUGAUACAUAAAAUAAGAACUACCCAAAUGCUUGCAAGUCUUCGGUGUAUACAUUGAUUACCAGUGAGUUACUACCAAAGGAAAGCCAUAGUUACUAAUAAACAUACAUCGGUAGCCACCAGACUGACAAGGAGUAUACAUACUUAUGAAAUUAUGUAUGAUUUGAAUAGUUUGCUACCUGUAGAGAAUUGGCUACAAAAACAAGAGUGCAUAUACAUUUGGGUACUUCUUAAAUAUAAGACGACUAUGUAAAUAUUGGGAACUGUUUGGUCACAUGAAUACCUGGAAUGUCUGUUACUUAAAAUGGGAAACACUGACUUGUGACACAAAUAUCCCACAACACAUUCCAAUAAAUAUCUAAUAUUCAACAUUUCUGAUACACACACAACACCACAAUGGGAUUUAAAUAAUAUGAUACAUUUUUUUAAUUUACAACAUGGAGGCUGAAGUAAUUGGAGGAAAAUAUGUGACUGUUGCUUUCAUAUUUCAGUACCGUCAUUUGUGCUAGUACAUUUCAAAACCUCAUUCUGUUGGUUAGUACAUUUAAUACAAAUGUUCUCCUUCUAAGUGGACUAUUAUUUUUACUAAAACAUUUGAAUGC